AUGGUCUUUCCUCGAAUUGGUGUCAGAUCAAAGGUGGAGAAAGUGAUACUAUUAGUGGUAGUUGUUGCGGUAGUGCUUCUCUCGUUGCAUUUUUUCAACUACGAUGACUCACAUUUCCACAAUCUUGUCAACUCCUUCUCUGCUAAUAAGCAGGCGACGUCUGGUGUUGUGGAUGCCAACUACGUGCUAUUCCCUGCCAACUACGACUUGAAUCAGACUGCUCUACGCACCCAUUUGACCAACACAUCUAGCAGUGAUUGGAAGGUCAUUCAGGUACGCAAAGCAGAUGUCAAGCCCGUAGCUCCAUUUGUCCAACAAGAUUACAUUCCACACAAGGAAUUUUCGCUUUACCAUUCAACUGCGCUGGAGGUCAACGAGUGUGACGCGCUGGUCGGUGUGAAUGUUGAUUCCCUUACCGUGUCGAAGAGAACCGCAAUUCCAGCGGACUUUCGCUAUAUUUUGGAACUGAUUGUGCAUGAGCAUGACAAGUACAAGGAUCCAUACUAUAAAGACAUUGCUCCGUUGAUUAUGAAACAUGUACGCGAGGAGCUUAAGAUGGACUUCAUCGAUCCGUUCUGGUUCCGCCUCUCUGGAUCAUCGGUAUGGCUCAAGGACCAUAAUGUUCACUUUGUUAUCUCCAGAUUCAUCUUCACUGAUAAAUUGACAAAGAACGACCCGCUCUUAAGUUUAACAUUGGGCCAGAUCUUCGAUGAACACUGGAAUGAACUUAGAGAUGUCCGCCUUGUGUUCCCCACCAACGAUGUUGCUGACGAAACAGCUCCGGUGUUCAAAUCUGGAACGCAGAGUUUUUCGCUGUACCGUUUCCCACGUAUUCUUCCAAUUCCCUUCCAUCACGACUAUGGAAAAGAAAAAGGCAAGCUUUUUGGACCUGAAGAUCCUCGUUUGAUGCUUGUAACUAAUCCCGGAGGUUACGAAGAACCAUUGAUUGUGUUCAAUGCUCAGCACUACAGAAUGGAGAAAGAAGAUGGGAAAGACGAAUUACAGAAGGUUGGCUACAGAUCGAUGUUCUUUACCCUUCCAUUCCAAUUUCAAAAGGCCAAGGGUGUGGAUGUGGAAUCGAACAAGAAGGCGGAGAACAAGUGGUUCACCAAAACGUCGCUCAUUGAUGUGCAGAACAUGAAGAAGGAGAAGAAAAGCAAGAACUGGACACCUAUGGUGUCGGCCACCAACAGUGUAACAUUCAAUGAUUACGAUAAUAGCAUUCUUUUCGUAACUCAGUUGGACAACUUGAAGGUAGUGAGGUGCAGUUUAUAUGAGGGCGUUAAUUCAUGCUACGAAAUCUUCAACACCAAAGGAGGCGUUGGAGAUUUACGCGGAGGAACGCCUUUCAUCAACAUCAACUCGCUUAUUGCACAACAGUACCCUGAUUUGGUCACUAAGCUUUUCCCUCCUGGCCGGCAGGUGUACAUUGGUAUUGCCAGAGCACAUUUGAGUCUGUGUGGAUGUGGUUCGGCCUUCUAUAGACCAAACAUUGUGGUGAUUACACUGGAUCAAGCAUCCUAUUAUGAUCACAAGAUGGAGGAGGACAGAACAAAGUUUUUCUACAAGGUAUCUCAUGUUUCGUCAUCGUUGUCGUUGGAGGUCACGAUGGAUCCAUGGAAUCCAGAAGAUCCGAAGUCCAUCUGUCUGAGUGUAAAUGCGCUCAUUCCUAAUGGAAUCGGCGGGUGGAAGAUUGAUACGUUGAAGCAAGUGGAAGAUAAGUGGGAGGUAGACGAUACCUUGAGCUUGGCGAUAUCUGUUGCAGACAAUUCUGUAGACAGAGUUUACUUGAGAGGUGUUCUUAAUGCAGUUCUCAACUCAUACGAUCAUUCCACUGUAUUCGGUCCUAAUGGGGUCGAGAAUGGACAGGUGAUCGAUUUGCCUGUCUUGUCAAAGGAUGGUUCUAUAGAAUCUGAACUUAAGGGCUACAACAAUGACAAUAUUCAAUGUGCCAUGAGGACAAGCAAGGAUUUUUGCGCGGCUUAUGGAAAGGAACAGAAAGAACUCGUCGAUGGUCUUCCAGGUGCCGAUACUUCCGAGCUGAAGGAAGCUUUUGAAAAGACGUUUGAUGAAUUCAAGAAGGCAUUGGAGAAGGUGAAACAAGAGUCAGUGAAAGGGUCGAACUGA